CGGCGCUGCCCGGUAAUGGCGCACCGCGCGGGCGAGCGGGCGCUGUCCCUGCUGCGGGGCCGCCUCCGCCUCCCCGGCCCGGCGGCGGCCGGCGGCUGCGCGGCCCGCGGGCAGGCCCGCCUCGGCUCCUCCGGCGCCGCGGUGAAGCGGGCGCCGCAGGCAGCCGGCGCCGAGGAGGCGGGCGAAGAUGCCGAAGUCAAUACCAGAAAGAAGACAUUUGCUGAGGUCCAAACAGAACGAUCGGAGCAAGCAGAACGGACUGUUUUAAUUAAGUGCCCACCAAAACUUAACGAAAAAAAGUUCUUGCAGUAUUUAUCUAGUCAUGGAAAUAUUAAGAGUCAUUUCUUUUUUGAAAACCGUGGUAUCCAUGCUUUAAUAGAAUUUUCAGAAAAAACCAGUAUAGCCUCAUUGCAGGAUGCUAUUGGAAUCCCAAGUGCUGCACAGCAUCAUGUUGUCCCAUUUAAAUCUAGACUUUUUACUUUCACGCUGAAAAACCCAGUGAGUCAAGCUGCUGAAGAGACACCAGUUCACCUCUCUCCUCAGUCUCACAUUCCAGUGAAAGAGCUUACUGAAAAGCUUUGUCAUGCAGACAAUAUAAGCAGUCAGAUGUACAUUCUACUGAAUGAGUAUCAGCUUACAGAAGAAAAUAUCAAGCUCCGAUUUCUGGCCUGUUCUCUGGUUCGGGAUUUCACACGUGCGUAUUUUCCAGACAGCACGGUAAAGCCAUUUGGCUCUUCAGUCAACACCUUUGGCAAAUUGGGAUGUGAUGUGGACAUGUUUCUGGACUUCCAUGAUACACAAAAGCAUGCUACAAAAAUGAAGAAAGGUCCCUUCGAAAUGGAGUAUCAGAUGAAAAGAUUACCAUCUGAAAGAUUAGCAACUCAGAAAAUUCUUUCUGUGAUUGGUGAUUGCCUUGACAAUUUUGGUCCUGGAUGUGUGAGCGUACAGAAGAUACUCAAUGCUCGCUGCCCGCUGGUGAAAUUUUCCCAUCAACCGACAGGAUUCCAGUGUGAUCUGUCAGUGAGCAACAGUAUUGCUAUAAGAAGUUCAGAACUCUUAUAUAUCUAUGGCUGUCUUGAUUCCCGUGUAAGAGCGCUAGUGUUCAGUGUACGAUGUUGGGCCCGUGUUCAUGGACUUACAAAUAGUGUUCCUGGUACGUGGAUUACAAACUUCUCUCUGACCAUGAUGGUCAUGUUUUUUCUGCAAAAGAGAUCACCACCUAUCAUUCCAACACUAGAUCAACUUAAAGAACUGGCAGAUGAAAAAGACAAGCACGUAAUUGGAGGAUAUGAUUGCUCAUUUGUUAGUGAUUUAAGCAAGAUUAAACCUACAAAAAAUACAGAAACACUUGAUGUAUUGUUGGGUGACUUUUUUGAAUACUUUGGAAACUUUGAUUUCAGAAAGAAUUCCAUAAAUCUCCGAAAGGGAAAGGAAGUAAAUAAACCUGAGUCGACUCCUCUUUAUAUCUGGAAUCCCUUUGAACAAGACCUUAAUAUCAGCAAGAAUGUUAAUCAGCCACAGCUGGAGAAAUUUGUAGCUAUGGCCAGAGAAAGUGCCUGGAUUUUACAGAAGGAAGAUAAAACUCAGCAAAUGACCAAUAAAGAGCCUUGGGGAUUGGCAGCCUUACUGGUACCAUUUGGAAAAAGUAAUCCCGGCAAGAUGAAGAAUAGGGUGAAAGGACUAGGAAGUGAAACAAUCAGAAGCCUCUUGGACUCUUUAAGGUUAACUAAUGCAAAUACUACAAAAAGCAGUGGGAAAGUGACUUCCAGCACAGAAACCCAGUAGCUGAUAUUCUGUUCUAGGAAUUGAAUGUGACACACAGUCCGAAGAACAUUACUUUUAAUAUUUCUAUUAUGGUGAAAUGGAGAGUCAAAUGACCUCUGUUUUCCAUUGUGAUGCUUUUUGUACAGGUCUGCUUUCCUUCUGUACGUUUUUCUCCUCCUUACUCUUCACUUUUCUAUCUGUUCUAUGAAUGAAGAGCAUUCAAAUGCAAGUUUUACAGAUACAUUUUGGAAGUAGCCUUCAGUUGGGCAGUCUUUAAAAAAAAAAAAGACUGACAGGAGCAGCAUGGGAAAAAGCUUUUGGGAAUUCUGUUGACUAACAUAAAAAUGAUCUGCUAAGUAAAAGCUCAAAAAACAACCACCUUUCAGUGAAACCACAGUUUGAAAGAAUAUGAACGCUUUAGAACCAUUGCUUCCAAUCCAAUCAUGUUCUGGAAGCCAGUAAAACCAAAGUGCAUGUAUCUAUUUUUGCAAUUGUUUUUCAUUCAUGUAGAUAGUGCGAAGACAAAAUAAAGAGAAUGGAAUUAGA